AUGAAGUUCUCUAUCCUCUCCGUACUUACCCUCGUCGGCGCCGGCAUGGUGUCCGCCCGCGCCACUGUCGUGAAGCGUUCGGAUUCUCCUACGAGCCAUGCUAGCGCUGCUGCCGCCGCUCUCUCUGGGGACAAGGUCAGCGAUGAGUCUGCUACCGCAGAUUGCGUCGGACCUCUCCUCUGCUGUGGCACUCUCACUACUCCUCUCGAUCCCCUUGUCGACCCCCUCUUGUUGGCCCUUGGUAUUGAUGUCGCCAACAUUGUUGGAUCCAUUGGUCUUCUCUGCCACGGCUACGAGGAAGCCACUUGCGAGACCGAGCCCCAGUGCUGUACCGAGGCCAACCUCCUGGGUGGCACCCUUGCUCUCGGAUGCGCGGAUCUCAAGAACUAA